CACCUAUCACCCAUAAACUAGCACAAGCCACGUGUCCCUUACACCCGGCACCCGAUCCGGAUCCUAAUACAUUCAUUAAUACAGCGCAAUCCACUUCCUCUGUAUUAUUAAUAACACCAAUUUAUCGUAUCUUCAGAAAAAAGCAAAAAAAAGAAAAUUAAAGCACCGAAUAAAAAUAAAUGGCAUUGGAAUGGGUAGUUCUAAGCUACGUCGCGGCAGCUGAGGCUACGAUGGUCCUGCUACUGACUCUGCCGCCGACUCUAAAUCCUCUGCGGAAGGGUGUAAUCUCCGUCACACGGAAUUUACUGAAGCCGUUUCUCUCGGUGGUGCCCUUCUGCCUCUUCUUGCUGCUCGACAUUUACUGGAAGUACGAAACUCGGCCGAGUUGCAAAUCGUCCGUGUCGUGCACGCCGUCCGAGCUGAUGCGCCACCAGAAAUCCGCUAUCAAGUCCCAGCGGAACGGCCUCCUCAUCGCGGCGGCGCUCAUGCUCUACUGGAUGCUUUUCGCGGUCACGCGUUUGGCUGUGCAGGAGGAGCGGUUGAGUGAGCGAGUCGUGCGGCUCCAGAACCAGGACUGACUCGGUUCACAAAAUUUCUUAACGGAAUUUGUAUUAAGUUUUUUUUUAUUUUUUUCAUCAGGG